GGGGGGCUCAUGUCACCUGCCCCCGCGCCCUGCGGGGAGAGGAGAGCGGAGCCCCAUAGGAGCGAGCGGCGGCAGCGCUGAGGAAGGAUGGCAGACACGGAUCUUUUCAUGGAAUGUGAGGAGGAGGAGUUGGAGCCAUGGCAGAAAAUCAGCGACGUCAUCGAGGACUCCGUGGUGGAGGAUUACAAUUCCAUGGAGAAAAAUUCCACAGGCUCCCACCCCGCUGCCCAGCCGGGCGCUCAGUCGCUGCUGCUGGCGCAGAGCCCCGCGCCCGGCCUGGGGGCCGUGGUCACCCAGCCCCUGCUGCGCCCCGUGCAGCUGAUGCAGAACGCCAACCACGGCACCACCCCCCCUGCAGGCACCCAGCCCAUCUUCAUCACCACCCAGGGGUUCCCGGUGCGGAACGUCCGGCCCGUGCAGAGCCCCAUGAACCAGGUGGGGAUCGUGCUCAACGUGCAGCAGGGCCAGACAGUGCGACCCAUCACCCUCGUGCCAGCCCCAGGAGCCCAGUUUGUUAAGCCUGCUGUGGGCGUGCCCCAGGUGUUCUCCCCGGUGGCUCAGGUGCGGCCGGGCAGCGCCAACGCCUUCGCCACCGUCAUCCCGGCCACGCUGACCCUGCGCAGCACCGUGCCCCAGGCCCAGGCACCCCAGCAGAUGAGCAUCGCCAGCUUCGUCACGGUGAAGCGGCCGGGCGUGCCGGGCGAGGCCAGCGCCGGCGGCCCCGAGGUUGCCAAGCUGGUGAACACGCUGGGCACGGUGCCCUCGCUGGCCCACGGCCCCUCCUCGCUGGCCCACGGCCCCUCCUCGCUGGCCCACAACAGCAGCCCCGGCGCCGGCCAGCGCGGCGCAGCCGCCGAGAGCGCGGCGUCCUCGGCGCCGCUCAAAGGCAGCUCCUCCCCUGUGCCCAGCCUGGACCUGCAGGAUGGAGGCAGGAAGGUCUGUCCCAGGUGCGACUCCCAGUUCCGCGUCACCGAGGCGCUGCGGGGACACAUGUGUUACUGCUGCCCGGAGCUGGUGGAGUUCCUGAAGAAGCGCAAAUCCCUGGACUCGGAGCCGGCCCCGCCCGGCGCCAAGGCCCCGUCCCCCGCCCAGGGCGCGGCCCCGGCCCCGCCCCCGACCCCGCCCAGGGCCCCCGAGCCCGGGGAGGGCGGGGCCGACCCCGCCCAGGCCAAGCUCAUCAUGCUGGUGGAUGAGUUCUACUACGGCAGAGAUGGGGGCAAGGGGGCAGCGGUGCCGCCCUGCCCCAGGGUGCCAACGUCCUUCCGCUGCCCCCACUGCACCAAGCGCCUCAAGAACAACAUCCGAUUCAUGAACCACAUGAAGCACCACGUGGAGCUGGACCAGCAGAACGGCGAGGUGGACGUGCACAGCAUCUGCCAGCACUGCUACCGCCACUUCAGCACCCCCUUCCAGCUGCAGUGCCACCUGGAGAACGUGCACAGCCCCUACGAGUCCUCCACCAAGUGCAAGAUCUGCGAGUGGGCGUUCGAGAGUGAGCCGCUCUUCCUGCAGCACAUGAAGGACACCCACAAGCCUGGGGAGAUGCCCUACGUGUGCCAGGUGUGCCAGUACCGCUCCUCGCUGUACUCGGAGGUCGACUCCCAUUUCCGCCUCAUCCACGAGGACACGCGGCACCUGCUGUGCCCCUACUGCCUCAAGGUGUUCAAGAAUGGCAAUGCCUUCCAGCAGCACUUCAUGAGGCACCAGAAGAAGAGCGUGUACCACUGCAACAAGUGCCGGCUGCAGUUCCUGUUUGCCAAGGACAAGAUCGAGCACAAGCUGCAGCACCACAAAACCUUCCGCAAGCCCAAGCAGCUCGAGGGGCUCAAACCCGGCACCAAGGUGACGAUCCGGGCGUCGCGGGGCCAGCCGCGCUCGCUGCCGCUGGAGCCGCACGGGACGGGAGCGGAGCCGGCGCCGCCGGGAUCCUGCGCCGACCCCCAGCCCCUGUUCCUGUGCCACAGGAACCAGCCCAGGAGGGCAGGCAAAAAAACGGGCGGCCUGGGCCGGCAGACGUGCCUGGAGUGCAGCUUUGAGAUCCCAGAUUUCCCCAACCACUUCCCCACCUACGUGCACUGCUCGCUGUGCCGCUACAGCACCUGCUGCUCCCGCGCCUACGCCAACCACAUGAUCAACAACCACGUUCCCCGGAAAAGCCCCAAAUAUUUGGCUUUGUUCAAGAACUACACAGCCAGUGGGGUGAGGCUCUCGUGCUCCUCCUGCCUCUUCGUCACCUCCGAGGGCGACUCCAUGGCCAAGCACUUGGUGUUCAACCCCUCCCACGAGUCCAGCAACAUCAUUGGCCAGGGGCCUUCUUGGAUAUCACAUUCCAGGCACACCCAAGACACCCAACCCCACCCGCAAACCCCAUCCCCACCUCCCCCACCAAAACCCCAGACACCCCCAAAACCCCAAGAACCCCCCCAAGCCCCAAACCCAGCACCAGAACCAGCCCAAAAAGACCCCGAGCCCGGCAGGAAGGAGCAGCUGUCGGUGAAGAAGCUGCGCGUGGUUCUGUUCGCGCUCUGCUCCAGCACCGAGCAGGCGGCGCAGCAUUUCCGCAACCCCCCGCGCCGGAUCCGCCGCUGGCUGCGGCGCUUCCAGGCCUUCCACGACGACCACCCCGAGCUCUCCGAGGGCAAAUACCUCAGCCUGGAGGCCGAGGAGAAAUUGGCAGAGUGGGUUCUGACCCAGCGGGAGCAACAGCUGCCGGUCAACGAGGAAACGCUUUUCCAAAAAGCCACGAAAAUCGGGAGGUCUUUGGAAGGGGGGUUCAAGAUUUCCUACGAGUGGGCGGUGAGGUUCAUGCUGAGGCACCACCUCAGCACCCACACGCGCCGCGGCGUCGCCAACCCUCUGCCCAAAGAGAUCCAAGGCAACGCCGGCGCCUUCAUCGAGUUCGUGCAGCGCCAAAUCCACCGGCAGCGCCUUCCCCUGGCCAUGAUCGGCGCCGUGGAUGAGAUCUCCCUGUUCUUGGAUGUGGAGGUGCUGGGCAGCGACGAGCGCAAGGAGAGCGCGCUGCAGACGGUCGGCAACGGGGAACCUUGGUGCGAGCUGGUGCUGACCGUGUUGGCCGACGGCAACGUCCUCCCGGCUCUGGUCAUCUCCAGAGGUCACCACCCCUCUCCGGCCACCAUUCCCGACUCCAUCUUGUUGGAAUCCAAGGAGAACGGAUGCGACGACGACGAGAUCAUGGAGUUGUGGGCGGCCAGGGUGUGGAGGAAACACACGGAGUGCCGAGGCGGCUCUUCCAAAGGGAUGUUGGUGCUGGAUUGUCACCGGACCCACCUGUCCGAGGAGGUGCUGGCCGUGCUCAGCGCGGCCGGAACGCUCCCGGCCGUCAUCCCGGCGGGAUGCAGCUCCAAAAUCCAACCUUUGGACGUCUGCAUCAAGAGAUCCUUAAAAAAUUUCCUGCAAAAAAAAUGGAAAGAACGAGCCAAAGACCUGGCGGAUUCCGACUCCUCCGCGCUGCUCCAGCUCCUGCUGGGGUGGUUGGGAGAAGCUCUGGAAAUCCUCGGGAAUUGCCCGGAGUUAAUCCGGAAAUCUUUCCUGCUGGCCAGCGUCUUACCGGCACCGGCCGGCAAUUCGGCGUCGCCGCGCAGGAACGGCGACGAGCAGGAGGAGCUGAUCGCCGCCAUGGAGGAGAGGCUGGAGAUCGCCAAAAGCCGGGAAUCGUCGCCGGAAUUGCCGGAAAACGACGACGCCGAGGCCGAUCCCGAAAUCCUGCACCAGCUCUUCGAGGGCGAGAGCGAGGCCGAGUCCUUUUACGGAUUCGAGGAGGCCGAUUUGGAGCUGAUGGAAAUCUGAGAAUUCCUGGAAAAUAAAAAAAAAUUUGAAAGAAUUUUAAAAAAACAAUAAAAAACAAAAUGGACGGAUUCAUGCCGGAAGUGGCCGGAUUUGAAGGGAUGUUCCGUGGUUUUGGGCACGGAAAUUGAAGGAUUUUCCUGGUUUUUGGGCACAGAAAUUGAAGGAUUUUCCUGGUUUUUGGGCACAGAAAUUGAAGGAUGGUCCUGAUUUUUGGAGGUCCAAACUCGCCCUAGAAAUUCAGGAAUAUUCCCAAAUUUUGGCCCACAAAAUUAAAGUAUAUUCCUUGUUUUUGGAAAUCCAAACACCCCAAAAUUUAGGGGAAGUUCCCUACUUUUGGAAGUCCAAACUUGCCCCAAAUCUUCAAGGAUAUUCCAAAUUUUUGACCCCAAAAUUCAAGGGUAUUCCCAGUUUUUGGAAAUCCAAACACACCAAAAUUUAGGGAAAAUUCCCUGUUUUUGGAGGUCCAAACUUGCCCCAGAAAUUCAAGGGUAUUCCUGAUUUUUGACCCCUGAAAUUGAAGGAAAUUCCCAGUUUCCUGCCCUCAAAACUUCAAUUAUAUUCCCAGAUUUUGACCUCCAAAUUCAGGGAUAUUACCAGUUUUUUGGCCCCAGAAAUUCAACAUUAUUCCCAGUUUUUGGAAAUCCAAACACCCCAAAAUUCCCUGUUUUUGGAAGUCUAAACUUGCCCCAAAAAUUCAAGGAUAUUCCAAAUUUUUAGCCGUAAAUAUUAAGGACAUUCUCAAUUUUUUGAAAUCCAAACUCACUCAAAAAAUUCAAGAAUAAUUCCCAAUUUUUGACCCCAGAAAUUCAAGGAUAUUCCCAAUUUUUGGCCCAAAAUUCAAGAAUAUCCCCAAAUUUUUGGCCCCAAGACCAAAGACAUCCCCAAUUUUCGGAACAUCCCAAUUCCCAAGGGAUUUUUUUGAGGAUUGCCAAUUCCGGAUUUGCCGUUUCCGCCGAUUUUCUGGGAGGAUUUUCGUGGCUUUUUUCUUUUUUUUUAAUUAAAAAAAAAAGAACUGAAAAAAAAAAAAGAAAAUAUUGGAUUCACUGUGUUGAUAUUUCCUUGGAAUUCUCGUGGGUGGAUAUUUUUUGGGAAUUUUCUUUACCUCACUUGUACCAUAAUUCCUGAUUUUUAGCGGAAUUUUGACGUCGUACGUGCCCCGUUUUUUUUUUUUUCCCAAGAAGACAAAAAAUCCCCAAAAUUCUGGGAAUUUUUCUUGCUUUUUUCCUCAAAUUUUUUUAAAUUUAACCCAAAAAUUUCCUCGUUUUUACAGAAAUUGGCCGUGAAAAUUGGGGUUUUUUUAAAUAAAAAAUGGGAAUUUUGACAGAAUUUUGGUGGAAUUUUUUUCCCACCCCGACCUUGAUUUUCUCAGUUUUCCCCCCGAAAAAAUUCCUGCUUGGGGGGCAGAAAACCCCCAGAUUUUCCUUGGAUUUUCCCCUUUUUUGGAGUGUUAUCAAUUUUAUUUAAAAAAUAAAAAAUCCUGGAAAAACUUUGCCUUCCUUAGGAUCGGAAAAUCCGGGAUUUGGGACUAAAAACCCGGAAAAAUCCGUAAAAAAAGAUUUUGGGUUGAUUUUUCACUGCCAGCUCCGAUUUUUUACCAGAAUUUGCAUGUUUUUGGGAAAAAUGUUUGAUUUUUUUUUUUUUAUUAAAUUAUAAAAAAUUCAUGGAAUUCCCAAAUUCCAGAAGCACCCAGCACCUGUUUUUCCAUAAAAUUUGUGGAGUUUUUUUUCUUUUUUUUUGGGUUUUUUUCCCGAAGAAAAACAGGAAAACAUAAUAAAAAAUUUAAAAAAAAAUUCAAAAGAAAGAAAUUUAAAAAUAAUUAAAAAAAAAUAUGGAUCAGCUUGGAAUUGUACAGGAGUGGAAAACGUGGAAUAAAAGCAGGGAAAUGGAUUUAUAAAUAAACGUUGUUUUUAUUGUGGAAAAAAA